UAGUUCAAAUUUCAGCAAGCAAAAUUAUAACAGAUUUUUCAAGUCUGAACCAGGGCACACGUAGAACACUAUAAAUAAAGCCCUUGAGUACUAAAACGUUUCAUACAGCCAAUAAAUUCAAAACCAUGAGCACAUCAACUUUUUAUGGUGAAGCUUGCUUUCUAGCUUGCGUUAUCAUGUAUGCUCAGCUGGUUUCAUCACCAAACAAUGCUUUUGCUUCAGCUAGUUCUAAUGAAGCAGAGGCUCUUCUAAAAUGGAAAGCCAGUUUUCAAAACCAAACCCAAAAUAAUCUGACCUCAUGGACUUACUCUCCCAGUAAUUCCACCAAUCCAAAAGCAAAUGCAAGUCCAUGCAAUGUUUGGACAGGCAUUUCAUGCAACACUGCUGGAAGUGUCAACAGGAUAAACCUCACCAAUUCCGGUAUUCAAGGUACGCUUCAUGAAUUAUCAUUCUUGUCCUUCCCAAAUCUUAAAUAUCUUGAUCUCAGCGUGAAUGAACUCCGUGAUGGCAUCCCACCUCAGAUUAGUUCCCUCUCAAAACUCAUCUAUCUUGAUCUGUCUGUUAACCAGUUGUCUGGGCAAAUCCCAUCAGAAAUUGGUCUUCUAACAAAUCUUGAGGUCCUGCACCUAAAUGACAACCAGUUAAAUGGUUUAAUUCCUCACGAGAUAAGUCAACUUACGUUUCUUUCUGAGCUUGCUCUGAGUGACAACAGUCUAGAAGGUAUGAUCCCGGUUUCUUUGGGUAAUUUGAAGAACCUGACUUCAUUGUAUCUCCAUGAAAAUCAACUUUCUGGUUCUGUACCCACUUCUUUAGGAAAUUUGAGCAACCUGAUUUCUUUGGCUCUACAUAGAAAUCAACUUUCUGGCUCAAUCCCAUCAUCUUUAGGUGAUCUGACAAACCUUACCAGUCUCUAUCUCUACCAAAAUAACCUAUCUGGAUCUAUUCCGGAACAGAUUGGGAACUUGAAAUCAAUUGUGGACCUAGCGUUGGGUGAGAAUCAACUGAAUGGUUCCAUUCCCCCUUCAAUUGGUGGCUUGAGUAACUUAGUUUCCUUAUUCGUCCGUGAUAAUCAACUUUCUGGCUCCAUCCCACAAGAGAUAGGAAAUCUCAUGAAGUUGACUAUACUCGAGUUGGAUAGUAACCAACUUUCUGGUCAUUUACCCCAAAAUAUUUGCCGUGGUGGAUCACUGAAAAACUUUACUGCAAAAAUCAACCAAUUGACGGGUCCAAUACCCAAAAGCAUGAAAAUGUGCAAGAGUUUAAUAAGAGUCUCCCUUCAAGAUAACCAUUUGACAGGCAAUAUAUCUGAAGAAUUUGGUGCCUAUCCAAAUCUUCACACUAUAGACCUUAGCCACAACAACUUCUACGGUGAAAUCUCACCCAUGUGGGGGCUUUGUCCUCAGUUGGCAACCCUACGAAUUGCAGGAAACAACCUGACUGGCAGCCUCCCACCUGAGAUCGGCAAUGCAACCCAAAUUCAAGCACUCGAUCUUUCUUCAAAUGGUUUAGUUGGGGUGAUUCCAAAUGAGAUCGGGAGAUUGACUUCUUUGCUGAGUCUGAAUUUGAAUGGUAAUCAACUUUCGGGUCACAUACCUUCAGAAUUAGAUUCAUUAAAGGAUCUUGAAUAUCUUGACCUGUCAACCAACAAAUUCGAUGGGUCAAUUCCAAGCAUUUUAGGUGACUUUUCUCAAGUACACUACUUGAAUUUGAGCAACAACAAAUUCAGCCAAGAAAUUCCAUUUCAAUUGGGGAAAUUAGUCCACUUGUCCCAGCUAGACUUGAGUCAUAAUUCACUUGAGGAUCAAAUACCAUCAGAAAUGAGCCAAAUGCAAAGCUUGGAGAUUCUGAAUCUUUCCCACAAUAAACUUUCUGGUUCCAUACCCAAAAAUUUUGAACAAAUGCAUAGCUGGGUUCAAAUUGACAUAUCCUACAACCAGUUGCAGGGUCCGGUCCCCAACAACAAAGCAUUUCAAGAUGCUCCUUUGGAAGGCAAUGAAGGAUUGUGUGGCAUUAUUGCAGGACUUCAACCCUGCCCCUCCAUGGAAAAUAAGCAUACCACAAAAAAGGAUCGAAGACUCAUGUUUAUAAUUAUUUUCCCUGUUUUGGGGACAAUUUUACUUUUACUUGCCUUCCUUGGAAUUGCCUUGGUUACAAAAAGAAGAAAUAAAGAGCAGGAUACAAAGCAGAGCAAUGUGGAGCAUAGAGAAGUUUUUUCCAUAUUUGAAUUUGAUGGAAGAAGAAUGUAUGAUGAAAUCAUCAACGCAACCAAUGAUUUUGAUGCUCUAUAUUGCCUUGGAAAGGGAAGAUCCGGAAGUGUCUACAAGGCAGAGCUGCUAUCAGGCAGUAUAGUUGCAGUGAAGAAACUCCACCCAAUACUUGAUGGCGAGGAGUCGUCUCGGAAGGAAUUCCUUAACGAAAUAAGGGCACUAAUAGAAAUACGGCACCGGAACAUUGUGAAACUUCGUGGUUUCUGUUCACACGCCAAUCACUCAUUUUUGGUCUAUGACUACCUAGAAAAAGGUAGCUUGGGUUCAACCUUGAGCAAUGAAUAUGAAGCUCAAAAGCUAGACUGGAGCACAAGGGUGAGGAUUGUGAAAGGUGUAGCUCAUGCCCUGUCUUAUAUGCAUCAUGACUGCUCACCACCUAUAGUGCAUCGAGACAUAUCAAGCAACAACAUUUUGCUCAAUUACGAAUAUGAGCCUUGUGUUUCAGACUUUGGCACCGCUAAGCUUCUAAAUGCAGACUCAUUGAAUUGGACUGCCCGUGCAGGCACAUAUGGAUAUAUAGCACCAGAGCUAGCUUACACAAUGAAGGUAACUGAGAAAUGCGAUGUUUAUAGCUUUGGGGUGCUAGCAUUGGAAGUGAUAAUGGGGAAGCAGCUGGGUGAAGUCAUCUCUUCUUUUUCGACUUCACCUGCCAAUGGAGACAAAUUGCUGAAGGAUGUAUUGGACCAACGCCUCCCCGCUCCCACACCUUAUGUUCAGGAUGAAUUGGUAACCAUUGCAAGCCUAGCAAUUGCAUGCAAACAUCCCCAUCCACAAUCCAGGCCAACAAUGCACAAGGUUUCUCAGGUCUUAUCAUCCCACCCUGCAAGUUCCUUGGGACAACCAGAGAUUACAUUUUCGCAACUCAUUAGUUAAUUAUCUGAAUUGUGGCCUGUGAGUAUGGCAUAAAUAAGAUGCUCUUGUUUGAGCACAAUCAUGUACUAAUUAGUUUGAUCAUUUCAUUUCAUUUGAACUUGAGUUUUCUAGUAAGAAUUUGCACCCACUUAGUAGUAGUGACUUUCUUCGUCCCAAUUUGAUUGGCUGUCUUUCAAAUUGGGGGAAGUUCUUUUGCUAUCCUUUGAAGUAACCUCAGCCAGAACUGUGGCACUUGUUUUUAGGAUGAGUUUGAUACGGAUGUGCUUUUAGAAAAGUUAGCUUUUGCUUAUUUCUGAAAA